AAAAUUAUGUAGAAACAUAAGUAGAGAUGUUUACUUUUAUAAUUCUCCUCGCAGGGCCAUCUCUGACCAAAAGCGUUGGGUUCGUUCUUUGCAAGGUUUUAUUUUCCUGAUCCCUAUUUCACGUUAAGCCGCCUCUCUCCUCCUCAGCCACUGAAACCCGCCCCGCGGCCUCUCCUGCUUGCGCCGCAAAGUCUCGGCCUUCCGACGAACUCGUCUGACUCUCUGGCAAACAGUUCUAUCCUUGUUAUUUUUUCCCCCAGAAACAGAGUGGUUAGCCCCUAAUCCGUGCUGUUGCCGAGAUCGUGCUGCGGCCAUUCAUUUUGCAGAUUCCCAGGGUUUUGAUUUUUUCUUUGCUUUCUUGGUUUAUGUUAGUUUAUUCUGGAGACAUUACCCAAACACAUGGAAUGUUUUCAAAUCAUCCUUCCAAAUACAGGGUUCCAAAUAGGAGGUAGAACAUAUAAUAUGUAGUUAAACUUUCAAUCUUGUGUCUAUUCAGCUAGCCUUUAAGAAGGUAAUGGCUUUAAUAUAUAACUGUGUUGCUAAAUCAUUAUUUGCAAAUGCUAUGAAGGUUUUACUGAAGUAGUAUUUUGAAGUAACGAUUUGAAGUGUGACCUGAGAAGGGUUAAGUUUGGAGAAGAGUGAGGUGUUCAUAUCUAGUACCAGGGCAAUUUUCCCUGAAAAAGUCUUUUUGUGGCUGGGUUCUUUCAUGGCAAUCAGCUCCUGUAAAAGAUCACAUGAAUAGACAUGGGCUGUUGUCUUGUCAAACUUGGGGGAGAUCUCUUGUGCUAACAAGAGAAUGCUUUUCUGAUGAUUCUACCAUUGCACAAGAAGUUGUGUGUCGUCUUCUUCCGGUUUUGCUGUUUACAGGUUUCUUCUAAUUCAGCUUCUAGAUGUAAUUUUCUUCCAUUCUCUUUCUCUAGAAGAUGGUUGACUCAAAGCCAAAGAGUCCCAUCUCCAUUUUUGCUUCAAACCAGACCGUUUCCUGACUAUUCUCCUAAAAAGCCUACAAUUAGAGAUACUGAGCUUAUCCAUGAUAUCACUGCUGUAAUUAAGUUGCGUCGUUCUGAGCCCCUUCAUCGCAUUCUAAAGCCUCAUGAAUCCAACUUUAGGUAUGAUCAUCUGAUUUGGGUACUGAUGAACAUUAAGAAUGACUACAAUCUGGUUUUGGCUUUCUUUGAUUGGGCACGAGUUCGUAGAGAACCAUCUCUUGAAGCACGUUGCAUUAUUGUUCACAUUGCCGUGGUGUCGAAUGAUCUUAGGCUGGCUCGUGAGCUGGUUCAUGAUUAUUUCUUGAACUCGAAGCUGGAGAUUGGUGUUACAAUGACUAAAUUUACCCACCGGCUGAUAUACACAUAUAAGUACUGGGGAUCAAACCCUAUUGCAUUUGAUAUACUUUUUCAAGUCCUAGUGGAAAUUGGUCAUUUAAGUGAAGCAAGAAAACUAUUGGACAAAUUGUUGAGCUACGGACUAGUUGUCACUGUUGAUUCUUGUAAUGCUUUUCUUAGUCGCAUUGCUAACAAUUCUGAAGGAAUAGAGAUGGCAAUAAAGGUUUUUUGUGAAUAUGGUAUUGGUUGGAAUACUACGUCUUAUAACAUCAUUAUUUAUUCUUUAUGUCGAUUGGGAAAAGUAAAAGAAGCCCAUCGGUUACUCAUGCAGAUGGAUUUUAGGAGUUCUACACCUGAUGUUGUUAGUUACAGUACUGUGAUUGAUGGAUAUUGUCAUUUGGGAGAAUUGAAGAAGGCAUUGAAGCUUAUAGAUGACAUGCAAAUAAAAGGACUGAAACCAAACCGUUAUACCUACAAUAGCAUAAUAUUACUUUUGUGUAAAAUUGGUAAGUUGUUUGAAGCAGAAAAGGUAUUGAGAGAGAUGAUGUCUCAAAAGAUUAUUCCUGAUAAUGUCGUCUACACCACUCUCAUACAUGGUUUCUUCAAAUUAGGACAUGUUCAAGCUGCAAACAAAUGGUUUGACGAAAUGCUGUCUAAGAAGAUCAGUCCUGAUUAUAUAACCUAUACAACUCUUAUCCAGGGAUUUGGUCAAGGUGGAAAGGUGAUAGAACCACAAAAUAUUUUCCAUGAAAUGAUUAGCCGAGGCUUAAAGCCUGAUGAAGUUACAUAUACAACACUAAUCGAUGUUUACUGCAAAGCAGGUGAGAUGAUGAAUGCAUUUUCUCUUCACAAUGAGAUGGUUCAAAUGGGAGUGACUCCAAACAUUGUUACUUACGGUGCCCUGAUUGAUGGCCUUUGUAAACAUGGAGAACUAGAUACAGCAAAUGAACUUUUGAAUGAGAUGCGGAAAAAGGGCCUUCAACUGAAUGUUUGCACUUAUAACUCAAUGGUAAAUGGUAUUUGCAAAGCAGGUAAUAUUGCACAAGCAAUAAAAUUGAUGAAAGAAAUGGAGUUAGCUGGGAUUGGUCCUGAUGCUAUCACUUAUACCACGGUCAUCGACGCUUAUUGUAGAUUAGGAGAUAUUGGUAAUGCUCAUAAACUUCUUCAGGAGAUGCUGGAUAGAGGGCUUCAACCAACAGUUGUUACAUUUAAUGUUUUAAUGAAUGGGUUUUGUAUGUUGGGAAUGCUUGAAGAUGGCGAUAGGCUCUUGGGAUGGAUGCUAGAGAAGGGCAUUGUGCCUGAUGCAAUAACAUACAAUACUCUUAUGAAGCAGCAUUGCAUUAGAAAUAGUAUGAAUACUACAACUAAGAUUUACCAGAGGAUGCGUAAUCAAGGAGUGAUGCCGGAUAGUAACACCUACAAUAUUUUAAUAAAAGGGCAUUGUAAGGCACGAAAUCUGAGAGAGGCAUGGUUUUUAUAUAAAGAAAUGAUUGAAAAAGGAUAUGUUCCCACUGUUACUUCAUAUAAUGCACUUAUAAAGCGGUUGUAUAAGAGAAAAAAAAUUUUGGAAGCAAGGGAACUCUUUGAAGAGAUGAGAGGACAUGGGUUGGUUGCUGCUGGAGAAAUAUACAAUUUCUUUGUUGACAUGUACUAUGAAGAAGGAAAUGUGGAGAUAACUCUUAAUCUCUGUGAUGAAGCAGUUGAGAAAUGUCUUCUUAAUGAGAGAUAAAAUGAAACAGCCGGAGUAGUUUAAUAUUUUCUCUACAUAAUGAUCAAAACAGAUGCAAGGAGAGGACUUGCCGGAGAAAAUUUGCAUUCCCGUUUACUUUCAGAAGCAUGAGCUUGGAUUAUGCCUAAUCUCUCAUAGAGAAGGAUGGAUUAUUCAAGCUUUCAGUAGACGAUUGAUACUAUAUGCACUUUGACUGGAGGUUGUGGCUUUGUUACAAAGUUUAGAGUUAAAUCCAUGGCUUCACUAUGCUGCUUAAGACCAAAUGCAUGAUACCGGUCUUUGACUCUCUUAUGGAAUCUUGCCGGAAAUAUGCAUGUAUUCACGUUCAGACAUGAAAAACCGUCUGAAAGAUGCUUGAACAGGCUCUAAAACGAGGCACAAACAUCACCGUACUUAAAAAGGAGUAUAUGCGGAUUUUGAGAGCGCAAUGCAAUAGGCUAAUAGCUCAGGACCUCUGCGUCUUCGACCUAAGUUGGCACACAUGAUGAAUGGAACAUGUAACUUUGAAUGCAGAAGGUUAGCUGGCUGGCUUAAGCUUGGACUAAUUUGUAGACAGCACAGGAUUUUUAAACCAUCAUUGCCAUGGUCAUUGUUUUCGAAAAUAUUUUUGGUUGCCUGUUUUUUAAAGGUGCAUUUUUUCACUAAAUCUAUGAUAGUCAACGAGCUCUUUAAUCCUCGCUGUUCCAGCAGCAUCAAUGUCUCUUAUUUUCGUAAUUGCUCCUCUAGCCCUGCAAGUGGUUUUUUGAAGGGAUCUUGUUACUUAUGGAUGAAUCGAAGCGAGGGGUUUAUUUGGAGUCAUGGGCUACUGAAGUCCAUUUGUGAUUGCUGCCUAGAACAUGUUUUGAUAAAAUGCCCUGGUAAAUUUGUUGUGUGGUUUGUCAAUGGUGGAAGUAGUUGGAAUUUUGUUCUUAGUGUGGUUUCUUUGGUGCUCUUUAUGCGUUUAAUGAAAAGCCAAAAUGAGGAACGUCUCUUUUUUUCGUCUA